CGUUUGGCGGCGUAUCCUGUCAAAUGUUACGCACACGUGUUUAUUUUGAAAUGUUUACGAAAAGAUUGAGCUCAUAAUUUUCUUAUUUAAUCUCCAAAAUGCCAGCAGUAGUGGAAAAUGACGUCCUUAUAUACAAAGGUAGUAACUUCUUCCGACAAAGACUGCUUCUAUCCACGUUAAGUGGCCGUGCUAUCAAAAUAGAGGAAAUAAGGAGCACACAUGAUGACCCCGGAUUGAGGGAGUAUGAAGUGAACCUUAUAAGGCUUCUGGAUAAAGUGACCAACGGCACGAGGGUGGAGCUUAGCGAGACGGGCACAUCCGUGUACUACCAGCCGGGAAUCUUGAUAGGCGGUCAAGUGAACCAUAGUUGCUGUCCACAGAGAGGCAUAGGUUAUUAUCUUGAAGUGUUACUUGCCCUUGGUCCGUUCUGCAAGGAGCCUCUCAAUGCAGUGUUGCAAGGUGUCACUCACAGCGACUUGGAUGUAUCAGUGGACAAGAUCAAAUCUGCAGCACUUCCCAUAUUAUUAAAGUUUAUAUUGGUUGAUGAUGGAUUGGAACUUAAAGUUGUUAGAAGAGGUGCUCCACCGCUUGGUGGGGGUGAAGUAGUGUUCAAAUGCCCAGUCCGUCGCCACCUGAGGCCGUUGCAGUGGACUAAAUGGGGGCUGGUGAAGAGAAUAAGAGGAGUGGUGUAUGCUCUCCGUGUAUCACCCACAAUGGCAAAUAGAGUUGUUGAGUCUGCCAAAGGGGUGAUGCUUAAGUUUCUGCCCGACGUGUACAUAAACACGGACCAGUGCCGCGGCUCCAACGCCGGCAAAAGUCCUGGCUUCGGCAUCAGCCUUGUUGCAGAGACAAAUGACAAAACUUUUUACUGCGCUGAAGCUAAAUCAGUAGACGGAGGUAAAGGCGAGAUCACACUGCCUGAAGACCUGGGGCGCGAGUGUGCACAGCGGCUGCUAGACGAGGUGUACCGUGGUGGCGCCGUUGACUCCGCCUUCCAGUGGUUGCUGGCGCUCUGGAUGGCGCUCGGGCAGAAGGACGUCAGCGAAUGCAUUAUUGGUCCCCUCUCAGACUACACAAUAACGUUCCUGCAGCAUCUCAAGGAGUUUUUUGGGGUUAUGUUUAAGCUAGAGGUCCAAAGACAGGAGGAGGACGAAGACUCCGAUGACGAGCAGGUGCAAGCCGCGCAGAAAAUCAAAAUGACGUGCGUGGGCAUAGGAUAUGUUAACAUUAGUAAACGGACAUUAUAAACAAAUCGUUUUUACCGAU